AUGGCGGAAGCAGGAUCCAUGAUACUCAACCCAAACUUUUUGCCAGAGGCGCAGCGGGUAGCCGCCUGGUGGUACAAGGGAGGCAACCAGCAGAGAUUGACCUACAUCUCACAUUCGAGCAGCCCAGCUGGUAGUCUUCGACCUUCACAAAGAGCGACCUCGGUAGAGAUCUCAGCGAUGUCGCAGCAGGCUGUGAGGGAGCAGCAGUCCUAUACGCUCAUAUGCCGACUUGGGUCGCUACAGCUCCGAAAAAAAACCCACGCCAUGCCUUUGUACUACAUGGCCUGCCUGGAGCUGAAAGAUGGCGGCAGCCUGCAGUGUAACCGAAGAGUUGACGAGACCGGGUACUGUCGAAUGUGCCAGAAGUCGGGGAAGGUGGGGCCGCGGCUGAAUGUGCGCUGUCGUUUUCAAGAUGCUUUCGGAUCAUGCUGGGUCACAGUUUUUCACCCAGCUGCCGAGAAAGUGCUAGGUUCGACCGCCGAGUCCAUUGUCGAACUGAGCCAGCAGUCUGAGGAGAUCUGUGAAGAAGCGCUCAAGGACACAUACUACGACGAGAUGUUGGAGCUGCAGCUGCGAGCCAAGCCGGACACGUGGGGUGGCGAAGCCAGGACACAUGUCACCUGCGUGGGAGCGCAGCGGAUCUCCAGUCGAGAACAUUCCCGCACGCUUUUGAAAGAGAUCCACCAGCUUUUGAAGUAG